UGUGGAUUACUGGUUAUAAGUCUAGUUACUCUGUUCCCUGGAUAAUCAGAAGAAAUAGUGAGAAUGGCGAUUAGGAGUUUGCAAUUGUGCUUGGUUUUCGCAGUGUUAGUCCAAUUAGCCGUGAGUGCAAUAGUGAAAGAUGACUUGAUUUUUGGCCUUCCCGGAUUCAACAACAAGGCUCGUACUGUGCGGAAGUUGGUUCACAAUGCAAACUGGACGUCGCUGGCAACAAUUUCAUCAAACCAAUUGGCCGGGUUUCCUAUGAUAGACGUUGUUGCAGUUGCUGACAGUCCGGUCGGAGGAGACUCUACAGGAAAUAUUUAUUUCUAUUUGUCCGGCUCAGGUUUCGUUACCCAAAAUAUCAAUGUAAUUAACAAUGUUACCGCACUUUUUGUCACGGACGAUGAAUUGGACUGUCAAAAUCAGAACAUGGGUUCCUUGCAACCAUCAUGCUCACAAGCUGUUAUUAGUGGAAGUGUGAUACAGCUCAAUGUCGGCUCACAAGCAUAUACCCAAGGACAAACAGCUGUUCUAAGUCGACACCCCGCUUCAACAAACUGGAUACAAAAUAACAAUUACUACUUAUGUCAAUUGAAUGUGGAAAAUGUCUACCUAUUCGAUUCCGACGGAGUUCAUAAUAUUUCAGUGAAAGAUUAUUAUAACGACAAAAUAUUUGGAAUAUUCAGUUUUGAAGAACAAUAAUUCUGGUUAAACAAAAAAAAA